AUGGACGUGCGCCCUAUACAAACACCUGAAAAUGUUCCCCAUCUUUUUGAUUUUAUUAAGCCGAAAGAUUAUAGUGUGUUACAAAACACUUUGAAACUAUUAGAUGAUGUUCGGACAUUCACUGCCCAAAAUCUGCAACAAGCGAAUAGGAUCGCAUUUACUAAUACUCGAUGGCGCGUAGGCACUAUGAGCGGCGGAGGUAAUCAAGUGUUUAAAGGUUCCAUGAGUUCGAAACUUUCUUCGGACAUAACAUCCGAGACAAUAUCGAAAUUGGAAAACGACCAGAAAAAGAAUGAGCUCUCUAAAUUAGAGUUUGAGUUAUCGAAGUUAGAGAUGGGUGCGAGUGCUUGCGCAAACCGUAUUCUCUAUACUGAAAAAGAGUAG